UCCCUUUAAUAGUGUCUUUCAUUCGUCGGCAUCAGCUCAUCAAAUUACCCCCACAAUGGCAGUCGCAAACCUCCACAGGCUCCGCCAAAUCCACCGUCUGCCGGCGAUUAGCUACUCCAAAUCCAUUUUCACAAGAGGCUCAGCGUCGGCCGUCGCCUCGUCGGAAACCCCAUCGUCCUCGUCCAAAAAGGUGUCAGAUCGCAUCGUCAAACUGUUCGCGAUUGAUCCAGAGGGCACGAAGAAGGAGAUUGUCGGAUUGACCGGCCAGACUCUUCUGAAGGCGCUCGCCAAUCGGGGUCUGAUUGACCCCGAAUCCCAUCGAUUGGAAGACAUCAGCGCGUGUUCGGCCGAAUGCGAGGUCAGUAUCGCUCAGGAGUGGCUCGAGAAGCUGCCGCCGCGGUCCUACGAUGAGGAGUAUGUGCUCAAGAGAAAUUCUAGGGUUAGGGCUUUGAACAAGCACUCGAGGCUGGGCUGCCAGGUUAUUCUCACCCCCGACCUUCAAGGUAUGGUUGUUGCUGUCCCCGAGCCCAAACCUUGGGAGAUUCCUUAAAAAAAUUUACUCGUUUUUGCAUCACUGAAUUGUUGUUUUUCGGAUUUUUUUUGGCUGUUUGGUUAUUUAAUAAUUUGUACCUUGAAGUGGUGCAUUUGGUGGACAACUUGUUCUCUUUGCGAAAGAUUAUCCCCUAAUUGCGUCGUUUUGAUGCUUCUAUAUUCUAGUUGUUCUGUGUCAAAUUGUUUAAUGGGAUAUUUUUGUUUUCGGAUUUUCUGUACCUCUUUGUUUGAUUGAAUGUAAACAUUCUGAGAAUGAGUUAAGAGAA